AUGACUUUUUGCUUCCAGUUGAUAGUUAUUAAUGAUUUACACAGAAGAGCCCUGCGUCGAGAGAGGCUUUACCGGGAUAGACUGAACCCUUUAGAGAAUUAUGACGAAACCGAGUUGUAUCGCUACUACAGAUUUCCUCGACACUCGAUCUUGCAAUUGACGGAUUUAAUUUCGCGUGAUUUGAACCAGACAAACAAGAACCAUGCGGUUCCCCCAGUAUUGCAAGUGUGCACGGCGUUGCUUUUUUACGCUACAGGUGUUAUCCACAAUGUGUCUGGUGAUAUGUCAGGUAUGAUUCCAAAUACGAUUAUAAAAUGUAAGACGUUCACAAAUUGUGUCAUUUACUGGGCUGGUUCGACUCAUGACUCCCGCAUUUUCAGAGAAAGUGCCAUCCUGAGAUCAUUUCAACAUGGGCAGGUUGAUGGCUACCUUCUCGGUGACAAGGGCUAUACUCUCUGUCCCUACCUCAUGACACCAUAUAUCAACCCUGAAGGUGUGGAACAGCAACCGUAA